UUGCUGCUAGCUUGUUGCGGACGGAAGCAGCCGUUAGCUUCGUUAGCUGCAUUAGCUCGCUGUGUGUGUGUGUCGGUACUUCACGGCUGUUAGUAGUUCUCAUCAUGGCGUACCAGCUGUACAGAAACACCACGCUGGGAAACAGUCUGCAGGAGAGUCUGGACGAGCUCAUACAGACUCAGCAGAUCACUCCUCAGCUGGCUCUACAGGUUCUGCUCCAGUUCGAUAAAGCCAUCAACACGGCGCUCGCCAACCGAGUCCGAAACAGAGUCAACUUCAGGGGCUCUCUGAACACCUACCGGUUCUGCGACAACGUGUGGACGUUUGUCCUGAAUGACGUGGAGUUCAGAGAGGUGACCGACCUGGUUAAAGUCGACAAAGUGAAGAUCGUCGCCUGUGACGGAAAGAGCGAGUCGACCCAGAACAAAACGGACAAAUGACUCGGGCGCCGCAGAGUGACGUCGGUCUCUGAGUUCCUCCGUCAGCUGAUCUGGACUGUACAUAUAAUUUAUUACAGCACAGUCGUAUGAGUGUGUGUGUUUAGGUGUGUGUGUGUGUGUGUGUGAGUUUGUUUACCUGCAGCAGUUUUUUUUAUCAUCAUCAGUUUAAAGGAAGUUUGUGUUCAGUUUGUUGUUAUGAAGCUGAAUCAUCUGUAAUAAAAACUUUAUUUAAAACACUCA